CACUCAGUCCCAUCUAUAUCACUGGCGACCUCCCCCUUGUGUUGCCACGGCGAUGCUCCGAGCCCGCCGCAGUGCAGGAGUCCAGCGCUGAACUGUGGGCUUUUCAAUCAGGUCAUCAGCUGAUCGACUGGCUUUUCCUUGACUUUGUGUUUUGAAGUUCUGGCGAACUUUAGCCUUUCUUCUCCGUCACAAACCAAAGGCUGGGAUUGGUGGAGCUCGUCUGGCGACAUCACAGGAAGUUGGAUUGAGUUGCAGAAAUUCAAGCACUCUGUGCUGCAAUCAGUGUUGAUGUUUUCAAAACUCUGUGUUGCUGAGAGACAUUAGGACACCUCCCAGGGAAUUGAUUCUGCUCCGUGAAUACUUUUACAAACCUUCAACAGGAUGAAUGAGGAGGCGGAGGAGGCACAGCUGCCUGAGUGGGUGCCAGAAGAUGAGGAGCAGCAACAGGAGGACAGACUUUGUGAGAAUUUGUUUAGGAAAGAGGAGGAUUCAAAGCCACUGGAAGAGGAGACAGAGGGGGUUAUGCAGGAAGAAAAGAAGGAGCAACACAAUGAGGAACAGGAGAAGCUGGAGGAGGUGCAGAAUGGAGAGGAACUGCAGCAGGAGGAUGAUGAGCAGGUGCAGGGUGAGGAGAUGCCACUCACAGAGGAACAGCAGAUUGACAAGGAGCAAGAGGAGGUAGGAAAGAUGGAAGAUGUAGAGGAGAAAGAGGAGGAGGAGGAGCAAAAAGAAGUGAAGGAGGAGGUGCAGUGCGAGGAGAUGUCACGGACUGAAGAACAGCAAUCUAAAGAGCAGCAGCUGCAGACAGAGGAGGUGCAGCAACCUGAAGAGACACAGGACUUUGUUGACACUCAAGAGCAGAACCACAACAACCAGGUCCUGAUCCGACUGAGAGGAAUGCAAAAAUAUAAAAGUACAUCACAGAGGCUGAAGGUGGUCCUGGAGCAGAUGGACCGGGGUGUGAUGGACCUGCAGGAGCUCCGCAGGAACCUGGAGCUGGCUGCAGCCAUGUUGGACACCAUUUACACGGAUGAAACCAGGCGUUUGUUGGACACGGAGGAUGAGCUCAGCGACCUGCAGUCGGAUUCAGUGCCGAGUGAAGUACGUGAUUGGCUUGCGUGCACAUUCAGCAGGAAGAUGGGUGUGGCAAAGCGUCGGCCUGAGGAGAAACCUAGAUUCAGGAGCAUUGUGCAUGCAGUGCAAGCUGGGAUAUUUGUGGAAAGGAUGUACAGACGAACUUCCAACAUGGCUGGACUGAACUACCCCCCCACAGCUCUGGCAGCUCUGAAGGAAGUGGAUCAGUGGUCCUUUGAUGUUUUUGCCUUCCAUGAGGCCACAGGAGAACACGCCCUCAAGUUCUUAGUGUAUGACCUGCUGACCCGCUAUGACCUCAUCAACAGGUUCAGGAUCCCAGUUCAGGCCCUGGUGCAGUUUGUUGAGGCUCUGGAGAGCGGCUACAGUAAACACAGGAACCCCUACCACAACCUGAUCCACGCCGCUGAUGUCACUCAGACCGCCCACUUCCUGAUGCUACACACUGGACUGAUGCACUGGCUCAGUGAACUGGAGAUCCUAGCAAUGGUUUUUGCUGCAGCGAUCCAUGACUUUGAGCACACAGGAACCACCAACAACUUCCACAUCCACACCAGGUCAGAAGUGGCUAUUUUGUACAAUGACAGGUCGGUGUUGGAGAACCACCAUGUCAGCGCCGCCUAUAAGCUGAUGGCAGAGGAGGACAUGAACAUCCUGGUUAACCUGAACAAAGACGACUGGAGGGAGCUGAGGUCUCUGGUGAUAGAGAUGGUGAUGUCCACAGACAUGUCCUGUCACUUCCAGCAGAUCAAGACGAUGAGGAACACCCUGACACAGACUAACAGUGUCGACAAAGUGAAGGUUUUGUCUCUGAUGCUUCAUGCUGCAGACAUUAGUCACCCCGCCAAAGCCUGGCCCCUGCACUACCACUGGACUCACAGCCUGAUGGAGGAGUUCUUCAGACAGGGAGAUAAAGAGGUGGAGCUCGGCCUCCCGUUUUCUCCUCUCUGUGACCGUAAAGCUACCAUGAUCGCCCAAUCACAGAUCGGCUUCAUAGACUUCAUUGUUGAGCCAACCUUCACAGUUCUGGUGGACACAACAGAGAAAGUCAUUUUUCCACUGAUAGAAGAGGAGAGGAAGGCCAAAGAGACCGGGAACAGGAGGUCCAGCCUAACAGGAAGUGGCUCAGUCACUGUGGAGUCAGUGCAACGGCACAGCAGCAAUCGCCAAGGCAACAGUGAUGAUGGUCAGAUUAACUUUUCUCUGACAGCCAUUGACCUGCCGGCUCUGAGGCUCCACCUGUCCACUGUUAUUACCAGCAACAAGGACCGCUGGAAAGAGCUGUCAGUGCAUGAGCUGGCUAAGAAGGAGCAAGAGGAAAAGGAGGAUGCUGAGGUGAACAUCAGCACACACACCCAGUCCCAGGCCUGUCCUGAACACAGCGUUCCUGAUGGACCCGACCAGGAUCAGUCACAGAACUCGGACAGCUCCACACCUGGGGACCAGCAUGACGGCAAGUCAUCUGACCUUGCAGAUCAUGUGACCUGUAAUGGAGCAGAGGAGGACAACAAAGAGCCUGCAGAUGCCUGAUUACGGCGUGCCCCCUCUGUGUGUGAUUGUGGCAGAUCACCAUGGCAACUGGUAGCUAGUUGCAGUACCUUGGAAGAUUCAGAUACUACUGUGUGCAGCUGACUCAGCGGCCCCACAUGGCUCAAGUGACUCAUUCAGAAUGACGUCUUCUCAUCAGAGUCCAGCUUGUUAGCAGUUUCCUGGUUCUUUUCUAGUGGUGAAAGUGUGAUUUCAUUUCCCCUCAGUGGGAUGCUCUGUGUGAAACCAAAGAGCAUGCAACGGCUGGAGGAACCGAGCUGUUGUUGUAGAAGCUCAGCUCUUCAGAAAUCUGUUGCUGUGCUCUUUCUUCCUCUUCAGAUAGUCCAUCAGGUGGCUGUCCAUCCCACUGUGCCUGUCUUCAUCAGUAGGAAACUGGAUCAGAUCAUCAGGGUCACAUUAGGGUAGAACUUGGUCCAAAGGAGGAGUUUAUUUGUUUGGACUCAGAUUAUUUAUUCAGUUAUGGAUUAGAACCUGUCCUGUCCUGUUUACACACACACACACACACACACACACACACACACACACACACACACACACACACACACACACACACACACACACACACACACACACACACACACACACACACACACACACACACACACACACACACACACACACACACACACACACACACACACACACACCAAAAUGUCCCCCCAGUUAUCUCUGAUGUGACCCAAAUCAACCAAUUAACUAUAAGUCUGGACUAAACGAUUAAUCGAAAAGAACGUAUCUGUGUGAGAAUGAAUAUGGAGUCUUCCCUGUGGUGGGGUUCUGAUCCUUGUUCUGGUCCAGUCAGCUGAAGCAUCUCUUAUUGGACGAUUUAAACUGACUGAUGUUCAGAAGCAGAGCAUCAGUACCACUUUUUAACAGCAUAUUACAAUAUAACACUGUCAGCUACAGUUGUUGUAUAAAGCGUUCGCUCCAGAUGAACACAUUAAUGACAGCAACUCAGUGGCGGUCAAGAUGAAUCCUUUAAAUAACUGUUCUACUUGACUGUGAGUAAAGAUGCGAGUGCCACAGGAUCACUAUGGUGACGAGGCCAGCAGAUGUGCAUUUGUAUAUGUGUGUGUUUGUAAAUGUGUGUGUGUGCGUGUGUGUGUGUUUGUAUACAUGUGUGUGUCUAUAUGAGUAUGAGUGUGUAAGUGUGUGUGCGUGCGCGUGUGUGUGUUUGUAUACAUGUGUGUGUCUAUAUGUGUGUGUGUGUGUGCUGUACAGGUUUAUAUUGUAAUAAAUGUUCUGAACUCCA